ACCCAUCGUUUUCCGCUUUGCAUCCGUCAAUCUGCUUGCCAUCAGCCCCCACGGGCCACGGCGCCGACGACUCAGCAUCCCGCCUUGGACUUGGACGGGAUCAGCACGUCGGUCGGGGAAGCAAGUGUCCAGUCCAUCCAUCCGCGACCGCGAGUAGGAACAGUAACUGACGGCGGCAAGGGAGUAGAGGAGGGACGGGACACGGGAAGAGAGGAGGAGCUUGCUUGGACAGCCGGUGGACUGGUGCUGGUAUAUAGAUAGCUACUAGAGGUAGGCGGGCGGGCGGGCGGCCAAUGCUGUCAGGCGCGUAGGGCUAGGAGCAUGGGCGGAGGGGGCGCGAUCGUCCACGGCUUCCGCCGCUGGUUCCACCGCCGGAGCGGCUCCACCUCCAAUCAGUCGUCCAUCGCCGGCGACGGCGAGGGGGAGGCGGACGGCGGCUCGCCGGAUCUCGAGAUCGUCGAUGACCCGGAUCUCCUCGGCCUCCGCGCCAUCCGCGUGCCCAAGCGCAAGAUGCCGCUCCCCGUCGAGAGCCACAGGAAGCCGACCAGGGCACCGGCUCGGCUUCUACUAAGGUAGACUUGAUCUGCACCUCUACGUCCAGUUUCCCUUUGCCCGAUGUUGCUUCAAUGAGAAAAGGACUCGGUGGAAAUGGAGUUCUUCACCGAGUACGGAGAGGCAAGCCAGUACCAGAUCCAAGAAGUCAUUGGUAAAGGCAGCUACGGGGUAGUUGCUGCAGCUGUAGAUACCCGCACCGGUGAGCGGGUUGCUAUCAAGAAGAUCAACGAUGUGUUUGAGCAUGUCUCGGACGCCACACGCAUACUGCGGGAGAUCAAGCUCCUUCGGUUGCUUCGUCACCCAGACAUAGUUGAGAUUAAGCACAUCAUGCUCCCUCCAUCUCGGAGGGAGUUCCAAGAUAUUUAUGUUGUUUUUGAGCUCAUGGAGUCUGAUCUCCAUCAAGUGAUCAAGGCCAAUGAUGACCUCACCCCUGAACAUCACCAGUUUUUCCUGUACCAACUUCUUCGUGCUCUCAAGUACAUCCAUGCUGCUAAUGUAUUUCAUCGUGACCUAAAGCCCAAGAAUAUACUGGCUAACUCGGACUGCAAACUGAAAAUAUGUGACUUUGGUCUUGCCCGUGCAUCAUUUAAUGAUGCCCCUUCAGCUAUAUUUUGGACAGAUUAUGUGGCAACGAGGUGGUACCGGGCACCUGAACUAUGUGGUUCUUUUUUCUCCAAAUACACUCCUGCAAUUGAUAUUUGGAGCAUUGGGUGCAUAUUUGCUGAACUUCUCACUGGAAGGCCACUAUUUCCUGGGAAGAAUGUUGUACACCAAUUAGAUAUUAUAACAGAUCUUCUUGGAACUCCAUCAUCUGAGACCUUAUCUCGGAUCCGAAAUGAGAAGGCCAGGAGAUACUUAAGCUGCAUGCGGAAAAAAUAUCCCGUGCCCUUUACUCAUAAAUUUCGAAAUGCCGAUCCUUUGGCUCUUCGUCUUUUAGAGCGUUUACUUGCAUUUGAUCCUAAAGAUCGGCCUACUGCAGAAGAGGCUCUAGCUGAUCCAUACUUUGCAUCCCUUGCUAAUGUGGAACGUGAGCCAUCAAGACACCCAAUUUCUAAACUUGAGUUUGAAUUUGAAAGAAGGAAGCUGGCCAAAGAUGAUGUUAGAGAAUUGAUCUAUCGAGAGAUUUUGGAGUAUCAUCCACAGAUGCUGGAGGAGCACAUGCAAGGUGGAGAACAGAUUAGCUUCCUCUACCCGAGUGGAGUUGAUCGGUUCAAACGGCAGUUUGCACAUCUUGAGGAGCAUUAUAGCAAGGGAGAAAGAGGUUCUCCACUGCAAAGAAAGCAUGCUUCUUUACCAAGGGAAAGAGUGGUUGUAUCGAAGGACGGUGAUACUGAUCAACAUAUUAAUGACCAGGAGAGAAGUGCAGAUUCUGUCGCCCGCACCACUGUGAGCCCUCCAAGGUCAGAAGACGACGACAUGAGCGAUGUGAAAUCCACAAGCUUAAGCUCUCGGAGCUACCUGAAGAGUGCGAGCAUAAGUGCUUCCAAGUGUGUCGUUGCCACGAAGAAACACCCGGAGGACGAUGGAAUCGCUGAGGAAAUGGAAGGCGCCGUCAAUGGAUUGUCUGAAAAGGUCUCCAGGAUGCACUCGUAAGCAGGACUGCCCCUGGCAACAGCAACCUUGUUGCAAGGUUUCUGUCUCUGGUACACUGUAUUCCGACGACAGCCUUGGAAAGGCAAACACUGUAUGUCACACAGCAGUACAGCACACUGUGCUGCGAGGUUGGGUUUUGCUUGCGUACAUCCAUCCACAGCUAGUUCGACUUUACCUGGGUGGAAGAGGAACACACCACCGCCUGAUGGCCCUUUCUUCAUCGUCUGCAUUUCCACCGUGUCAUGCCAGCGCUGCGUGGCACCUCUAGAAGGUAGAAGCCCUGCAUGGAUUCAUGAAGAAUUCCUAAGAUGUAGCACUAGUCAGUGCAUGGAGGAAACAUAGUCGGCCUGUCGACCAUGAGAUGUUUUCUUGCAAAUGGAGUCUGGACCUAUGGUUUUCAGUUUUAUUACAACGGCUUCUGCCGUAGGAAGUGUCAGCAGUGUAUCAUCCCUGUAAUACCCAAUUUAUAAGAGACCAUAUAAAAGGAGAAAAAUCAUUUGCUUUAUGUA